AUGGAAAAGCGGAUGCACGAAGCCCUUUCGAACAAAAACUGGGGCGCUUCCUCCACUUUGAUGAAUCAAAUUGCGUCGGACACGUACGACUACGAGAAAUACCACCAAGUGUUGAAGGCGAUAUGGUCCGCGCUUGAUCUGCCGGGACGAAGCUGGCGGUCGAUAUUCAAGGCCUUGACCCUGCUGGAUCACCUGGUGAAGAAUGGCGCGGAGAGGGUGGUCGAAGAG